AUGGCAUCGUCAAAAUUUGUGCCCCCGACUGUUAUUAUCGAACCAUGUCCAUGUCAAGAAUCACUGACAAAUGUCAAUCAUUGUAUCUCUCUUCCACAUUCAAUAAGUACACCAAAUUUUUAUGCCGAACGAGAUACUUAUCGAGAUUUACAUAAGAAAAUUUAUUAUUCAAAACGUCAAUUAAAUCGAAAAGCGUUAUCAUGUCCAUCGUUGUCCUUUAUCACAUCAUCAUCUAGAUGGUUGAAAGGAUCACUUUUUCGUACACCUUCACCAUCACCAUCCUCAGAUAUAGGUCAUUUUCUUGAUCCGGAAAAUAUUCGACAGUUCAGCAAUAUUCGUGGUAGUACUUUAAGCACUCAGACAGCAAGUUCAUCGAGAUUUUCAUUAUAUGAAAGUUUUUUUGAUUUAUCAGAUAAUGGACAAGAAAAAUAUCGAACAUUAGAAGAAAAAAAACUGUUCGAAUCAAUAACAUCAUAUAAUAAAUUUCAAAAUGAGCAAUGCGAUGACUUUCGAACGAAAUGUAGUAAUUGGCUGAGAAAUAUUUAA